AGCAACACACAAUGUACCCGUUGUUUUGCAACCGUUAAGUUGCAGAUCAGAGAUAUCUUGACUUUCAGUAAGUCUAACAACUCACACAAGCAGGCAACAGAAUGAAAACUGCUGGUGACGUAAAGGAAACACUUUUUCUAGUGGUGGAGAAAACCUAAUUUUAACCUCCUAGUUUGUCACAUCUUGACCACAGAGCAUCAGGAACUAGACUGAAAGCUAUACAGACAAGACUUACAAGCAUGGAUGUCAUCUUCAAGGAAGGGAAGCUGUACCUUCGGGCAGUCAAGUUUGGAAAAAAAACAUGGCGGAAAGUAUCGGUGGUGCUAUUUAAGCCCAGCUCCAUGGGGGUCGGGCGGUUGGAGCUCUCGACUGUACUUGAUAACAAUGCUGCUACCGACCAGAAGAAAGUCGGUCGGUAUAAAACACCUGAAAGAAAAGUGGUGCGUCUAAGUGACUGCCUCAGUGCCAUCCCUGCGCCAAAGGAGUCUUGCCCUUCUGGGUGCACUGCCUUCUACGUACACACCAUUCAGUGCACCUACACCCUGGCCUCCACGACAAGCCAGGACUGGCUAAGUGCCCUCUGUCUUCUGGCCUUCCAGAAGGAUCCUGGGGAAUCAGACAAACGGGCUUUCGAGAGAGGAAAUGGCUUGACCAUGGAGGACAAUGACCUUUACUCAUCUUGGAAAACCGCCGAGCUGAGCCUUCCUCCAAACCAGUACCAAGUGACUGUCCAGAGCACAGAGGCAUCCAGGAGGUGCAAGUUGUCUGGGGACUAUCUGAUCUCCCCAGAAAAAGAGGCUGUGAUACUGCUGGCCAUCAAUACUGGUCACAUAUUCUAUCGCUGGCCGUAUAGGCACUUACGCAAGUUUGGACAGGUUGAGGAUGGGUUCAGCAUUGAGGCAGGCCGUCGCUGUGAGUCAGGAGAAGGAGUGUUCGUCUUCCUGUCCAAACAUGGUCUCCAGAUCAUGCAGGCUAUAACAAAGCAGUGCUCUGUGGAGAGGAGGUCCUCUGUCCAGCCGCUCAGUCUCCAUAGGGGAUCAUUAUCUGACCUGUCUCCUGUUAUACUCCCAACCACAACCACCUGUCUCUCUGGCGCUCCUGUCUACAGUUCUGCAGAUGUUUCUGAUGACGCAGAGGACGAGUCCGACAAUCACUACUCUACUAUUAAUGACAACCCUGAACAAAAAUUUAAGCGGCUAUCUCUUGUCGAAACUUAUCUCUGUAAAAGCAAGGAGGAUGCGGGAGAGGAAGAUGAGGAUGAACGGUGUUGUUCCCUGGAUGCUGAACACCUGGACAAUGUCAUUGACGACACCAUUUAUUACAACCUAAGGAGAGCCACGCCUCCUAUGAUCAAAUGCGAUGAUCUCAGACCUGAGAUAGACUCAGAGGGCAUCUAUUCGGAUGUGAACAUAACUGAUUCUCCCUUAAAUCCCCAGCUGCAUCUCUUCUCGCCACCCCUGCCUCCGCCCGUUCCCCAGCAUCCUCCCUCCACCCUUAACCCAACUUACGCCCAACUCAAGCCCCGAUACCAGCGUCAGCCCCCUGCAAAUAACUACAUCCAGCCAGGGUACAAUGCACAGGCACAGGCACAGGCGGUAGAUGACAAGAAGGAGAUGGAGGAGGCCAUCAGCUCCUCUACCUAUGUUACCCCCACUGAGGCCCCUGGCAGUUUUAAACACAGGCUGGCAGAAAUCAUUUCUAAGGACCUGGCAAAGUUCCAGCCACCUCUUCCCUCCGGAGCGGGCAGCACCACAUUUUCUCAGUAGGCUAUUAGUUAACAGACAGACCAGGAGGAACAAUUUGAACCAUGAUAGACUGUCAUAAAGCAUAAUUAGUUCCUUUUUUUUCUUUGAAAUCCCCUACGCUGGUAACAUUAGGCAUUAGAUUUUGGCUCGCAGAUGUUUGUUUGUUUAUGUGUAGCCUGUUGGAUGAAAAAUGCAUCUGGAAUACAAUAAUUUCUAUGGAUUGUUUUUGCAAAAAGAGGAUUCAAGUAUUGCUGUUCUUCACUGCUGGGAUGUUAGAGAAGCCAUAUGUGCUGCAAUAUCUUUAAUGGGACAUUAUUAGCUGAUAGGCUGAAUGAACACUUUCAUUGUGGGAAUAGCUUUGAAAAAAAGUGUCCUUGUUAACAUUCAGUGAGUUAAACAACAUCUUUGGAAAUAGCUUCUUCUAGUUCAUUUUAUUCCUCGUUAACUCCCUCUCUUAAAGAGAAUAAGUUGGUUUUGUCACAUACAAAUCAACAGCUUUGCAGCAACUACUGCAUUUGACAGUCCGCUUCACGUAGUAGAAAUAGUGACAUGUAACUCACUCAGUAUAUUAAAAUGUAUUGCUGACCAAAAAAAUUAAAUAGACAACGCACACUCAUGUCUUAAGUAUAUCUUUAUUGUAGCAAAACAAUCCUCAUAAAAUACCCCAUAGCUAUACAUAAAUAUCAAAAUAAUUGUUUUUUUUUAAUUUAGACAAAUGUCACUAAUGACACAGGGAAUGUCUUUAGUGAUGGUUCAUGGCAUAAAGUGCAUUAAAAAAAGGCCUCUGGGUGUUCAUCGAGGCCGUAGGAAGUAAAGAAUUCAAGAUCUCAGUAGGUGUUUUGUCAUUGGCAGUGCGUCAUCUAAGCUAUUAAAAAAUAACAGGAGAAUAUUAGAGGACUAUCUGAUAUGAUCAACAUGUCUACAAGCUGUAGUAUUUGGCUCUCCUGGUUCAUUCUAUGACAGACACGGCGCCAUAAACGGUGACAAUCAGUGGUUUCCUAGUUACUGUCUUCCACUCGGACUUUCCUCCGUGUCACUGAGGUGCGAAGAUUCCCCAUCACUGCUGUUGGAAGAAGUCAUUGAUUGAUUUGAACCCAAGUCACUGAGAGAGUGAAUCAGACUCCUCCUGGAGGUCUUGUCCGCUGCGCCUGGACGGGGACUCCUGCACUCAGGGUGAACCACACCGGUCAGCAGCUCCGACAGCUCAUUGAUGUAAAUCUGCGCCAUUUGGAGGGUGUCGUACUUGGACAACUUCCUCUCGUUUUCCAGCGAGGGGAUGACGCUCCUCAGCUCGUCAAACGCCUGGUUGAGGCCGUGCAUCCUUCUCCUUUCCCUGGCGUUGGCUGCGACGCGCCUGUGUUUCUGCGGGCCAAAGUGGCUCACCCUGUCUCCCUCUGCUGCCUUGUCAGAGUCUGUCUCCGCGAUGCCUGCAGCGGACACGCAGUCAGGAAGUUUGCUCAUCGGCUCAAGUUUGUCCAGCGAGAGGCCCGCGUCUCCAGCGCCGUGCGCGUCCCUCCUGGAGAACGCAUGGAGUGAAUUAGAAGAAAUCCAAGUCUUGGAGUUGACGUAGGGAAUGUUGCGCUGCGGCAGCAGGGUGAAAUCCUCUGGGUACUCCGGCCAGCUUGAAAGCUCAGCUUUUGCAGUCAUCACGGCAAUGGCCUGUGGUCGUGCACGGCAGCGAAAAGGUCACACAAGAAGAGUCUGGCUUAUGCUCUCGCUCUCGUCUCUGGAGAGGUUUGCACUGCGCCAGCAAUUUAUACAGCCUCCCCUCAGUCACCUUGGUGUCACUCCCAGCCCGCCGACAGCCCUGCAGCCUCAGGAGGCAGCAGCCAAUCGCGCAAUCCCCUCUGACCCUGUCAACGAACAAUUAGACAAAGCUCGACUUUUUUUUUCUCCUUUUGUGCAUUGUAACUCAAUCACGAACUUGUUGUUAUCCUCACACAGGGGGGGAGCCGAGAGUAUUAAUCAUUUAAGAGCGUGGCUUAUUUGUUUGAAAAGGUGAUCUACUCUUGUUGAGUAAAUUCUGGUCCGCAUGUCUGCUGGCGUUUAUUAUAGUUCCCCAGAAAUAAUAAAAAAAAGUAACAAGUGCGCAUGCCGAAGCUGUUCUUUAACAUGUCAGACUAUUAAUAAACAACUUGUGCUUGCA